GCUUGUUUACAUCUUUUGGAUAAGUUCAGUUUAAUUUGUAUUUAUCUCUUGCAAUGGAGUGGGAUCCCAGCCGAUUCUUCCGUCCUGAGGGAAGUCCUUCGCCUUAUGCUCUUCUCAUCCUCAAUCAGCCCAUCAAUGAGAAAGCUUUUGGAGUGUUGAGCAAAUAUGCAUCCUAUAUUAUCUGCGCGGAUGGAGGUGCCAAUCGGCUUUUUGAUAUGCCGGAAAAUAAUGAAAUAGAAUCUAAACAACUUCCUAACUGCAUUGUCGGCGACCUUGAUUCUAUCCGCCCCGCAGUGCGAGAAUAUUAUGAGAAACUCGGAGUGUCCGUCCUCCAAGAUCCAGAUCAAUACUCAACAGACUUCACAAAGUGUCUGAAAUAUCUCAACGAGCAUGCCGCGGAGAUCAUAGCUUCUCCCAGAAAGGGAGCAAGCACUACAAAAUCAGACGCCAAUGGCGCAAACGAAAGCACAUCAACCCCGCCAUCUGAUCAAUCACCUCUGGAAAUUGUAAUCCUGGGCGGUUUGGGUGGCCGUGUGGAUCAAGCCUUUUCCCAAAUCCACCAUUUAUACAUGAUGACACAGACCCAGCGCUCAAUCCGUGAAACUGAAACCAACACCUCAAGCUCCAAUGCCAAUCCAGCUGCAGGGGGUAACCUUUAUCUCGUAUCUGAAGAAAGCAUUACCUUCAUUAUCCAAACGGGGAAGAAUACAAUCCACACCCCGGCAACGAAACGAGCAGACAUCGCGACAGCGUCGACAUCUGAUGCAAGCGAGUCACCGAAAAAGCGGAAGCGUGAUCAGGAGCAGGAGCAAGAGCAGCAGCAAGAACCAGAACAAGAAUACUUCUUUGAAGAGAAUAUCGGGAUCAUCCCCCUCUCGGCACCUGCUAAGAUUACAACCCUGGGCUUUGAAUGGGAUGUGGAGGAUUGGCAUACCGAGAUUGGAGGGCAAAUAUCCACGAGCAAUCAUAUCCGCGCCGACAAGGUGGAGGUUGAGACCUCUGUUCCGGUUUUGUUCACAGUGGAGUUGGCAGAGAGAUUGAAGAGGUGA